AUGACCCACAAUGCAUCAACAAGGGCAAAACACCGUCUUUGCUAUCUUCAUCAUGUGGAAACUACAGAUGUCCUCCCAAUACCCGGUGCUGUUGACUCAAUAGCAGUCCUCAAUGGAUUGGAUCUAUCACUGACUGGAGACUCCUAUCUUACGGUGUUAUCCUGCUGCGAGAAGACGCUGUACAGUAACCAAGGGACGGGGAGAUUGCUGCCGCCCGGAUCUCUCGCAUUGAAAAUCGUCGUGCGGGAUGUUGAAGUCGGGGGAAUCUCCCAAGAUCUCUUACCAAAGCCGACUUCCUUACAUCAAUUGAAGAAGAGUUCUCGUCCUCCCAAUAUGUGUUAG